AUGUCAGGUUGGUACAGGGUGUUACAUGAAGAUGGUGACUUUGAAGAUCUUGAGUGGCAUGAGUUGGAAGAAGUGCUUCUGCCUCUGAAUAUUACAGUUCCAUUGAAAAUAUUAGCAUUGAAGAUCAUCAAAAAGAGGCAGAAACUCAUGCAAAAAUUGGGGGAAAAUGUGGCUAGAUCGAGAAGUAUCCGAGCCAAACAUAUGGGAGGUAGGGAAAACACCAUGGAUGUGCUAGGAGAAGCUUCAUUAACGAAGUCCAACAUGGAUGUGCUUGGAGAAGCUUCAUUAGAAAAGUCCACCAUGACUGUGCUUGGAGAAGCUUCAUUACCAAAGUCCAAUGGUUCUUGA